UGGCGCCAUAGGCUUCAUUGGUUUGCAUGGUAACCUAGCAACCAGGCCACCAGAAACCGGACUCAAACGCUUUAGUUGAGCACAAUUAUUAAUUGCGUCUGUUCUCUGGUAGGUAGACCUCUGAAAAUAUUUGCGUCUUCAGAAUAAUUAGAGAAGUGCCUUAUGUAUGCUCGCAUUUAAUCAGCGAGAGUGACUGCACUAAUGCCUGCUGAUUAAACGUUAUGGACGAGGAUAAUCGUGAAAAGAUGAUGUCUGCGCCUCGUAUCUUCGUGGAGAGAACUUUGGCUUUAAUCAAACCUGAUGCCGUCCAUAAAGCUGAUGAGAUCGAGGACAGUAUUCUUCAAAGUGGAUUUUCAAUCCUGCAGAAGCGAAGGCUUCAGCUGAGUCCCGAGCAGUGCAGUGACUUUUACAUUGAGCAUUAUGGGAAGCUGUUUUUCCCCCAUCUGACUGCCUUCAUGAGCUCUGGACCGGUUGUUGCUCUAGCACUGGCCAGACAGCAGGCUGUUGCCACCUGGAAAGCUAUAAUGGGACCAGUCAACAGCAUAAAGGCCAGAGAGACACAUCCUGACUGUCUGAGAGCGAGAUUUGGCACGUGUGAUCUUCGGAAUGCUGUGCACGGCAGUGAAUCCUUCUCUGCAGCUGAGAGGGAGAUCAGAUUCUUUUUUCCCAACUCUGUGAUUGAACCCAUUCCGUUGGGAGAUGCCGCCAAAGAUUACCUGAGCCAGUACGUCAGCCCAACACUUCUCACUGGACUGACAGAGCUGUGCAAGAGGAAACCAGCUGAUCCUUUUACAUGGCUUGCUGAUUGGCUGUUACAAAAUAACCCUAAUAAACCCAAAAUAUCUGAUGGAACUGUAGUAGAAGCAGCAGCAUGAUUUACAAAAAAAGACAGUAAUUUUUCAAGCAAAUAGUUACUGUCUGAGUCUAUUUAUGUCAUAUUCUUCAUAUGAUCUGAAUGGCUUUAGGAAAUAAAAGUGUUUUUAUAAACUA